AUGGCGAGACUCAAAACAGCAGAGGCUACGAGAGUGGCCUUUGGUAGCUGCCAAGAAAGAAAGAUGUUCCCGACGCAUUCUGCACCGAAUCGUAUGGGCAAUGAGCAGCCUGGUCUGCAUGGGUCAGAUGAGCUUGGCCCCGGCUCCUAUCACAACCAGGUACAUGUGGACACGAUCAUAUACAAUCUUAGGAAAAAACCAGAGAGCAAGAAAGGAUACAGUUUAGCAGCUCGUACUGCUCCCCGUUUUCUCCCCCCUCUCCAGACAGUGACCCCCUCACCUCAGAAAUACCAGCAGGACUGGAGUGCAUCACGAGCAUGCUGUCCAGGAAAAACUCCUUUUAAUUCCAUCUCACAGAGGUUUAGCUCCAAGUCUGCUACUGUCAGCUGCAGCCCUGGACCAGGUUUCUACGAUCUAGAGACUACGUUUAAUCAGAAAGUAUCAUGGCCCAUGAAGUUUGGCUCACCAGACUGGUCCAAAGUGGCCCUGCCUGAGAAGAAAGCACUUCACACAGAGCUCCACUGUGACAAGGAGUUUCUAAAACAACGAAACAGGGUAGCAUAUCUAAGUAUGUUUUAUUCUUGACUUUGCAUCUUGUGAAACUGAUAGGAAAU